AUGAAACGUGCACUGAAGAAGAUUAACAAGGGGGAACCCCUCCAGGAAACUUUAGACGUGUUUUUGGCUACGUAUCGUGCAACACCAUGCGGAGUCAUCGGACAAAAGUCACCCAGUGAAGCAAUGUUCGGGAGGCAGAUGAGAACAACAUUCGACAUGCUGCGACCAUCGAGUUCGUUAACAAACACUUUGGAAUCAGAGAAGCAGCAAUCAGGACAAUUUAACGUUGGUGAUUUAGUGCACGCCAAGUUGUACAAACGGAAUGAUUGGUACUGGGAAGCCGGAAAAAAUAUUGAAAAGGUUGGAACGGUGAUUUACAACGUCUGGCUGAAUGGGCUACGUCACGGACUAAUCAGAUCUCAUAUCAAUCAACUUGGUUCACAGAAAGACACAGUGCAGGCCAACGAUAGCGAAGAAUCAUCGGCGAAGCAAAAUGAUACCUUACUGUUAGCAGUACUGUUAGAUGAAUUCAACAUUCGUCCGCGACAAACGGCAGACCUUCCUGACGCUGACUCAAGCCAGCCGAAUGAGUACCAAGGACAUCAACCGCUAAUUCCGAUACAGAAUACGGAGCUGUUACAUCAAGCUGCCGCAGGAAACCGAAUUCCAGAUUCCACUACUUCUCGAGGACGACCAAUUCGACUUCCUCCCAGAUUUGAACACUACGUUGUGUCAUAA